AUGAGUGAAGACACACCACUUUUAUCGGACAACGUGUCGGAUAUUGUGACCGUCGAGAAUACGACACUUGUGGACAACUCGACGCUCGCGUGGGCUCACGAAUGGUUAGGUUAUCUGGCGUUAGGUAUGUUCUCAAUGGUACUCUUUAUACCGACGCUCGGCAUCAUUGGCCUAAUGCUGUGGGAAUACUUCUCAGACGAAGCCGAGAGGAAAGCCGAACGACAGAAAGAGAUCGAAAAAGUGAUUAAAGAAAGAUAUUUGGGUAUAAAAGAAGAGAAGAAUGAAGAGGAAGACAGCGAUGAAGAUCUCGACGGUUUGGACGGCUUUGAUGGCGAAGACUUUGAUGAUAAUGACGACAACGAUGACGAUAUCAAUUUGGAUGAAGAGGCCGAGACAUUACUACAUAAACGCAAACCUAAGUUUACUAAACCGGAAGAUUUUGACACUAUUUAG